AUGAUUGCCGACGCAAUCCAGUCCGAACCAAGCUUGAGACGAGGAGCGGUAGGUGAAGGUUUCGAGGCUUGGGACAUUCAGAAGACGUGGAUUCCCUUCAUUGCGAUGGACUGCGAAGUACAGUCGACUUUUCGACACUCCCCAGUCCAACUCAGGCCGAUGUUCGAGGAGUCUCUUGUCGCUUUCACCGAAUCGCCGGGUCUUCUCAACUUGGUUGGAGCUCCUAUUCUCGCAGACCCGGCGGACUUUACCGGUAUUCAUCAUGCAGGACGAGCGCUGGCUGAGGAUUUCGGUCGAGUGACGGGGAGAAAUUGCAAUCCAUUCGAAUUGGUGGAGCAAGGCCCGUUGAAUGCGCCAAAUGCCAUCAUUCUGGGAUGUAUCGAGUCCUGUUGGCUCCUACAAGACCUGGAAACAGUAGGGAAAAUCGAUUCGAGUGCGAUUAGAGGGAAAUGGGAGUCCUUCAUGACGGUCGUCGUGGAUGAUCCGCUGCCAGGCUGCUCGAAGGCUCUAGUCAUUGCCGGUAGCGACAAACGAGCGGCCAUCUUUGGAGCGUAUACGCUCGCCAGCCAGAUCGGCGUUUCUCCCUGGUAUUGGUGGGCAGACGUGCCAGCAAAGUCCCAUCCGGCCAUCUUCGCGUUACCUAGAAUGACCCUCCAUGGUGAGCCUAGCAUUCAAUAUCGAGGGAUCUUCAUCAAUGACGAGGCGCCGGCGCUCACGGGCUGGGUGCUGGAGAAAUUCGGAAAGUAUAACUCAGACUUUUACAAGAAGGUCUAUGAGCUCCUUCUGCGCCUCAAGGCCAAUUUUAUGUGGCCCGCGAUGUGGCCAGGCUACCCUAAUCCGGGAGCCGUCUUCUUUCUCGAUGACCCCGAAAAUCAACGCAUAGCAGAUGAGUAUGGGAUCUGCAUUUCAACCUCUCAUCACGAACCCAUGCAGCGAGCCUCGACCGAGUGGUUUGAGGAACAUGCAGAUGGGACGUGGGAUUGGACCACGCAUCGCGACGAGAUUGUUCAAUUCUUCCGUGAAGGUGUGCAGCGAGCAAAGGGCCUUGAAUCCUAUUUCACCAUGGGAAUGAGAGGCGAGUAUGACAAACAGAUGACAACCGAUGACCCCGGCGCGGUGGUUCGGGAUGUCCUACAAAAGCAACGAGAGCUUUUCAAAGACGAGUACGGUCGCGAAGAUGCUGUUCCUCAAGUACUUGCUCUCUACAAAGAAGUUCAAGAUUUGUACCAGGCAGGCGAGUUUACUGUCCCCGAUGAUGUGACGCUCCUGUUCGCAGACGACAACUUUGGAAAUUUGCGCAGGCUUCCAUCUGGGCUGGAGAAGACUAGAAACGGCGGUGCGGGAAUAUACUACCAUUUUGAAUACGUUGGUUCACCUCGGAGCUAUAAAUGGAUCAACUCCAACUCGCUGGGGAAAAUAUAUCACCAGCUGUCUGAAGCCUACAACCGCAAUGCACGCAAAAUCUGGGUGUUCAAUGUGGGGGAUAUCAAGCCCAUUGAAGUUCCUUUGACAUUCGCAAUGGAGAUGGCGUGGAAGAUCAACUCGGUCCAAGCAGACAGCAUUCCUCAUUUCUGGGAGACGAUAGCUACUCAAUAUUUCGACGAAAAUCUGAGCACACAUAUUGUUUCUGUUUGGCACGAAUACGAUCGACUUGUCCGUCUUCGCAAACAUGAGCACAUUGAUCCGGGCAGCUUUUCGUUACUUCACUAUGAAGAAGCAGACAAAAUCGCUCAACGGUGGCAAGAUCUAGAGACCACCGCCGAGAAAAUCUACGAGAAAGUUUCGCAGGAGCAAAGGGCAUCGUUUUGGGAGCUUGUCGUUCAUCCUGUAAAAGCGAGCUCUAUCUUCACUCGGCUACGUGUUGUACAGGCUUUGAACAAACUGCACGCCCGACAACGACGAAAUUCCACUAAUAAGCUUCUGCGGAAGGCCCUUGAUUUGUUUGAUGCGGACUUCAGACUUUCUCAAGAGUUUCACUCCUUACUAGAUGGUAAAUGGAACUACAUGAUGUGUCAGCCACAUAUGGGAUACGGUGACACUUGGCACGCUCCUUCGCGCGACGCUAUAUUUGGCUUAGCAUAUGUGCAACGGAACCAGGAUAGCAACCUCAUUGUCGGUCAGAUGGGGGUUGCUGUUGAGGGUCAUGAGGGGGUUCGAGCAGGACGUAUCAACGAGGAGAGCGAGAGGACGCAUCCGAGUCGUCGAGACUUGGUUCCAGGACUGACCCUCGGUCCGAUGAGCCGCUAUAGCACAACCAGAAGAUGGUUCGAUAUUUUUACCCGAGGUACCCCUACAAUUCACUGGAGUAUCUCGGUACCUCAUCGAUGGAUUCAUGUGUCCGAAAAAGAAGGAACCCUUCAGCCAGAUGGCGACGACGCACGCAUUUGGAUCACAAUUGAUUGGGAGAUUGUUCCCGUCGAAUUUUCCGAGGAAGUUCUAAUUGCUAUUUCAUCAAAGGAGGGAGACUUUGAACAUGUUCAUUUGCCUGUUCAUGGACAAAGACCCCCCCCGCACUUCACGGGUUUUGUCGAAUCAGAUGGCUGUGUAUCCGUGCCUGCUUCGGUAUUGGACGUCAAAGCACCCUAUCAACAUCAUCCUGAACUGGGCCGAUUGAGCGAGGGUUCGGUGACGCUCAACACUUGGGCUCCUAGCGACGCAAAGACUGUACCCUUUAUUGAGUGCCCAGUCUACAUCUUCACGGCCUCUGCACCAGCAGCGCUUACAUUAUAUUUCAACAUGACCCUCGAUAUUGACCCUGCUCAUAAAAUGUCGUAUGAUUUGAAAAUUGACAAUAAGCCCGUCGAAACUCAUCAACUUCUCCCGGAUUCUAACUCCAAUAAAGCCAAAUUGCCGGCCGAAGGAUGGCUAAAGGCCGUCAUGGAUUGUGUCUGGAAGAGAGACCACAUCCUUAGCCAUAUGGAAGCUGGUGAUCAUAUAAUCCGAGUGCGAUUGAAUCAUUCCAACUUGCUGCUCGAGAAGAUGGUUCUAGACCUUGGUGGUGUGAAGGAAAGCUAUCUUGGGCCUCCUACAAGCUUCCUCGCCUCUUCUUAG